UUGUGAGCGGCUGCAUCCGAGGCGAUGCAGCUGCCACCCGCACUGCAUGCCCGCCUGGCUGCGGGGCCUGGGGCGGCUGAGCCGCUGCCUGUGGAGCGGAACCCCGCGGCCGGGGCCGCACCUUUUCGCUUCGCAGCGCGCCUAGUGCGCUUCCCGAGGGAUCACGAGUUUUUUGAGGACGGGGACGUGCAGCGGCACCUGUACCUCCAGGACGUGCUUACGCAGGUAGCGGAGAUGCCAGAGAGACCCAGGGUGCCUGAGUUCACCUGUCAGGUGGCAGGCUGCUGCCAGGUGUUUGAUGCUCUGGAGGACUACGAGCACCACUACCACACACUGCACAGAAACGUCUGCUCCUUUUGCAAGCGGGCCUUCCCCUCCGAGCACUUGCUGGACGCUCACAUCCUGGAGUGGCACGACUCACUUUUCCAGAUCCUGUCAGAGAAGCAGGACAUGUACCAGUGCUUGGUAGAAGGAUGCACAGAGAAGUUCAAGACCAGCAAAGACCGGAAGGAUCACAUGGUGAGGCUUCACUUGUACCCUGCGGAUUUCCGGUUUGAUAAACCCAAGAAAAGCAGAGGCCCAGCUCUGCAAAAGGCUGGUGCAAACACAGCAGCCGAAGCCCUGGAGGUUGACGGGGAGCAGUCAGAAGGGGACGCCAUGGAAGUCUGCUCUGAACAUGUGGCACCCUCCUCAGCACCUGUGGGCGAGAGGCGGACCUACAGUCAGAGAAUACCUUCUACCAUCUGUUUUGGUCAGGGUGCAUCCCGAGGAUUUAAAAGCACCAAGAAAAGAAACAAACAGCACUGAUGGGUCCAGGCAGAGAGAACUCGGCACCUGAGCAGACCCCAAGCUCGGGAGGCGGAGGGUAUUUGCCUCCUGUAGUCGGUGUCAAUAGGAGCCUGUUUUCUCACCCCCCAGUCAACCAUCCUGGGGCCAGGCAUUUGCCAUCCUUGAUGUUUCGGUUCCUCAGCAAAUGAUGUCAGUAGAUAAUAUCAGAAGCAUCGAAGGACCUGCACAUUCUGUGAUCCUCUGAGGGGACUGAAACGUGGAGACUGGCCUACUACCCUCUGCAGGGACCACACUAAGAAUGCCCUUUUAAAAUAUGUAAAAUAAAUAUUUUUUUCUUGAUGGUC